AUGAUGGAAAAUAGAUCAAGAAGUGAUUUGCCUGAACAAAGGUAUGAAUGUGAAUUCUUAGCUGAGAUAAAUGCUGCCACAGUGCCUCAAGGUGUCUCUGAAACAGGUGUGAGAAAAUGCACACCACUUACAUCAGCCGAAAAGGAUACUGGAGAACUCAACCAAGUCCUUUCAGAAGCUGGCAGUGGAGGUGCCAGACCAGUCACAUUACCAUCAGCAAUGAAACUAUGUGAUGAAAAUGGAUCGUCGUAUCUGUUGUCUGAAGAAAAAGAUGAGAAUUUCACACUUAGACUAAAUGAUAAAGGACUAGGGAACAUGCCUCUGCUUGCUUUUGAAACCCCAAAUGUGAAGUAUUUGCUCUUUCACAGCAAUGAAAUAAAAACGCUGCAUUCAAAUAUAGUUAAUCUAACUAAUCUGGAGAUCCUGUUACUUGAAAGAAAUAGACUGACACUGUUGCCACCAGAAAUACCCUUACUUCAUAAACUGACAGUACUGAAUGUCAGUCACAACCAGUUAUCAUGUCUCCCUAAAGAAUUGUCAAAGCUUGUAAAUAUUAAGGAACUCACUUUAGAUCUUGCAGAGAACAAGCUAAAAAUUUCACCAGAUACCGUAGCUGACAUGAAGAAUUUGAAGGUACUCAAUGUUGAUUCCAGUCAAAUCUCAAUAUUCCCAAGGGUUCUCUGCUACCUUUCUCAUCUAAGUUUACCAGAGGGUAUUAAAGAGCUCAAGAAACAACAAGAAUUUUCAAUUAGUAACUAUAAUCUUAUAUUUUUGCCUGUGCGGAUUUUCUGGUUGACAAAACUAAAAGAACUCAGAGUUGAUGAUAACAAAUUGGAGUUUCUUUCAGCUAAAGUGGAGAAUUUACGAGAACUUAGGUUUCUGAACCUUGCAAAUUUAUUCAAAAGCAUUACAGAUUAUCUUUGCAACUGUACCACGUUGAAACAUCUCAUUAUACAUAAUAAUCAAUUAACCCAACUUCCUGCUAGUAUUCACAGAUUUAAACAUUUAAAGGAGUUAUCUUUAAGUAGAAACCUACUGGACUUACUGGAUGAACAAAUAUCACAUUUAAAAGACCUCUCCAAAAUAGUGUUUUCUGGAAACACAUUAACAUAUGUUCCUGUUGAAUUAAAAAAUUGUAUACGGAUAACCAAUAAUAAGCUCUCUCAGUUUCCAAAUGCAUUGUGUGCACUAUUUGAUCUUAAACCCUUAAAUCUUAGUGGCAACUCUAUUUCAGAAAUAAUACCUGGAAUUUCUGACAUUAAAGAUUUGGAGCAUCUAGAGUUAAACAAAAACAAACUGUCUUCAUUUUCUGCAUGCCUGUGUAGCCUUACAAAUCUAGUUUACUUGGGUGUAAAUGAGAAUGAAAUCAAUAGCAUGCCAGCAGUGGUGUCCGAGAGGAAGGCUCUCCAGGUACUGCUGUUAGACCCUAGUCAGUGUGACUUUGAACUGUGUUCCUUAAAGUUUUUAAAAAUGCUUGAUAUUUCAAAUAAUCAGAUAAUGAGUAUUCCUUUCCCGAUUAGCAAUCUGGAAGUGAUCAAAUACCUAAACAUGUCAAACAACCAGUUUGCAUCUUUUCCUUUUGAAAUAUGUCAUCUUUCUUCACUGGAGACAUUGGCAGUGUGUCGAAGGAAUGGGCUGCAAAAUUAG